GGGCACGGCACGGCACGUCGAGUGUUUAUGCGCGUAAUGGCGGCGGACAGGCUGUGAUGAGCCACGGCGAAAAAAAGCACAGCCAGCGAUCCAGCCCUCGGUCAGUUUCCACACCGGCUACACGGAAGAACGCGAAAAAAUGCAGAUCACGCUGAAAACCCUCCAGCAGCAGACGUUUAAAAUCGACAUCGACGCAGAGGAGACGGUAAAAGCCUUAAAGGAAAAAAUAGAGAAUGAAAAAGGAAAAGAUAACUUCCCUGUGGCGGGACAGAAGUUGAUAUAUGCAGGUAAAAUCCUGAGCGAUGACACGGCUCUCAAGGAGUACAAGAUCGAUGAGAAGAACUUUGUGGUGGUUAUGGUAGCAAAGCCUAAAUCUGCUCCAGCAUCAGCCUCCUCAUCAUCUGCUGCCACGGCGACAAGCUCCGCCUCCAGCACUACAGCGAGCUCCGCCUCAUCUGCUGACCCGGCCACAGAAACCCCGUCCGAGAGCGCAGCCAAAGAGGACAAACCCAGCGAGGAGAAACCCUCCGGCGGAGCUGCGCCCUCCUCUACACCCGUCAGUUCUGGUUCUUCACCAAAUGCAAACAUAUUUGAAGAGGCGACAUCCGCGCUGGUGACGGGUCAGUCCUACGAGAACCUGGUGACGGAGAUCAUGCUGAUGGGAUACGAGCGAGACCGAGUGGUGGCCGCACUGAGAGCCAGUUUCAACAAUCCUGACCGCGCCGUCGAGUACCUGCUCACGGGUAUUCCUGCGGAGAGCGAGGGCAGUGUAGGUGCUGACCCCGUGGCUCCUGCAGGAGGCGCUCCUGUUGUGUCCACAGGCCUCUCUUCACCGUCAAGCACCGCCCCGUCGCAGCCCAGCACAGCUUCGGGAGCGAAUCCUCUGGAGUUCCUGAGGAACCAGCCCCAGUUCCUGCAGAUGAGACAGAUCAUCCAGCAGAACCCGUCUCUGCUACCAGCUCUCCUACAGCAGAUCGGCAGAGAGAACCCUCAGCUCCUGCAGCAAAUCAGCAGCCAUCAGGAGCAGUUCAUCCAGAUGCUUAAUGAGCCGGUGCAGGAGGCGGGGCAAGGAGGCAGCGGUGGGGGCGUGGCCGAGGCCGGAGGCGGGGCCAUGAACUACAUCCAGGUCACACCCCAGGAGAAAGAAGCUAUUGAGAGGCUAAAAGCCCUUGGAUUCCCAGAAGGACUCGUUAUACAGGCCUACUUUGCUUGUGAGAAGAAUGAAAAUUUGGCUGCAAACUUCCUUUUACAACAGAACUUUGAUGAUGAUUAGAGGAGUGGCACCCCAUCAUUUCCCCCUCUUAGGGUUUUUUUUUUUUUUUAAUGAUAAUUUUGGUGAAGAAAAUCUAUACAAAUACACACACACACACACACACACAGGCUGUCAUUUUCAUAGUCUAAAUUCUACACACUGGAUGACAUGAGCACGUCCGUCUGGAGAUGAGCACAUCAUUGUUCGUCUCCGGCGCAGAAAUCAGUAAAGGCCUCUUCUUCUUCUAACACUUGCCUGUGUGAGACCUGUUUGUUUUUCAGUUGUUCUUUUUUUUUAUGACCAAUAAAAGCAUUGUUUCCUCCAUCGUUAGGACAUGUUAGCAGGUCCAAUGGGCUCGUGAAAUUAGGGAAUCUGGAUUGAUUUGGGCGUUUGGUUUAAUCACAUGAUCCGUGUCCCUGUUCAGGGCAGUGUUUCUCUUCUGUUUCUUAUCACAUCUUUCUCUCAUUCAAGAUGACCAUUAAUAGAGAUCCCAAAUACUGCUGUUUUAAAUGACAGUAAAGGUUUUAAAGAAGUAAAUGGAGUGAUGUUAGCUCAGUUUCUCUCAUAAUGAGCGUAUCUGUAAAGGAUGGGCUCUUACUGACACGUGCAGCCCUUCAUAUACACACAGAGCCAUUACAGCAUGUAUGUGACUUCCAUAGCUUGACAUUAAUAUCACUAUACUGUCGUUUUUACAGGGAAAUAAACGUUUUCAACGUAA